UUGGGAUUUCCACCAUGAUGGAUCACUCCAUGGUCUUGUUGAACGCUCAGGUUCAAUUCCUGGAAACCAGACUAGCAAUCGUGCAUAUACCAUUACACUUAUACUGUCACUUCAUACAGCCCAUCUUGCGUCUCCUGACGCUCACAGACAGUACAGAUGAAGUGGACGGCCUGCCUCGUAGGAAGUGGGCAUACCCAAACGCCUUUACCAACAUUUCAGUGACAACAAUCGAGUGUUCUGUGGUCUGCCCACGCCCCUUGGUCGACGAACUGUUCCGACCGUUGGUCGAGAGGUUGGAUGCGAAGGCGAAACAAGCUGUCAUCAUCAGCAACGACGACUUUAUCGUGAUACAAGUCGGAGGUGAAGGUAUGGAGGCCGGACAACGAGUGCUGGACCUUACUGCACCUUUAGCUCUCGCCGGAAUCUACUACAACGACUUUGUACUCGUCCCCUACAACGCCAAAUCCACAGUGAUAUCCGCUCUGGAAGAACGCGGGUUCGCCUUUGAACCCAUCUCCAACGGCCACGGCGCGAACAUGACCAACAUAUCUUCACCCCUGCACUCGCACAACCGCAACAGCAGCAGUUCUUCCUCGCUCGACCUCCAACCCCCAGGUACACCCCCACCAGCCACCGUCGCCGAAUGGCAAACAAAAACCUUUUCCACCCUCCACCGCCACGACAUUCUUCCUCAAGUAAACGAAAGCUUGGAAUUGCGCACGUGUGCCGGCUACCGCAGCGACAGCACGGACAUCCACGACGCAAUCCAACUCGGCAUCUUCAAAUGCCUACUCUGCAAUCCGCGCUUCAUGUCCAUCACACUCACCCAAACAGACACUGUUUCCCUGACCCUAGACCAAACCCUGCUUUCCCAUUUCUCCUCUGGCGGCGAAGGAAUCCUACUUCAAAACGAUCAAACCUAUUUCGCCAUUGUGUUUGAUUUGCGCAAAUUGCCAGAGGAGAGUACGGGAAUUGUUUGCGGUGUUGCUGGACGAUUGCUGGAUCGGUUGGGGGAUGGAGGUGAUGGGGAAGGUGCGCUAUUCAAUAUGAGUUAUUUGUCCACGGCGAGGACGGGAAAUGUUAUUGUGAGAGAAGAUGAGGUUGGAGAGGCGCUGGCGGCGCUUUUGGAGGAGGAGGCGAUGAGUNNUGUGGACAGUCUUGAUGGUGGUGAC